AAACCGGGUGCAACAGAGCGGCGUUAAAGGAUUACACCAAAUUCAGAACUAACCCCUCCUCCCCAAUUACUCACACAAGACUUCGCUUUGCACAAGAGUAACUUACUAAAAACAACAAGCCAUCAAGUCUGCAGCUUUUUGCAUCGAGAUCAGACAUUGUAAAAAAAUAACCUGUAUUUUUUUUCCUCUGUGAUCAAGCCUUUGUACAUCUUGAUGCGAGCUAUUUAAAAGGAGCGGGGUACCUUCCCCACUAAACAAAAAGUUGCAAGUGACGUGAUUUUUUUUAUUUUCUUAUUUUUUUUAAAGACCAGUCCUGUGGUCUGACCUCGCUUUUGUUUCUGUUGCUGAGAGAGAGAGCGAGAGAGAUUUGGGCAUAUCCGCGUAUAAAUGCAUGGCUUAAGUCUCCGGCUUAUGGAAGUUCUGAGUUCGAAGUCUGAGCAAGACACGUGUAAUUUCCGCCGCUCAGCGAUGCUUUUCCACGGAAUCUCGGGGGGUGAGAUGCAGGGAGUUAUAGAGGAGAUGGAAAGACGGUCGAAGAUGGAGCCAGCCAACAGUGCGGGGAUAGAGAUGGGGGAAAAAGAAACGACUAUGCCGUCUCUUAGCGGCGACCGGCCCGCUCUCUGCGCCGGCUGCGGGGGCAAGAUCUCCGAUCGCUACUACCUCCUCGCCGUGGACAAGCAGUGGCAUAUGCGCUGCCUGAAGUGCUGCGAGUGUAAGCUGGCCCUGGAGUCCGAGCUGACCUGCUUCGCCAAGGACGGCAGCAUCUACUGCAAGGAAGAUUAUUACAGGAGAUUCUCCGUACAAAGGUGCGCCAGAUGUCACCUGGGGAUCUCAGCGUCGGAGAUGGUGAUGAGAGCCAGGGAUUUGGUCUAUCAUUUGAACUGUUUCAUAUGUACCACCUGCAACAAAAUGCUGGCGACCGGAGAUCACUUCGGCAUGAAGGACAGUCUGGUGUACUGCAGGGUGCACUUCGAGACACUGAUUCAGGGCGAUUUUCAGGCGCACUUCAACCACGCGGACGUGGGCUCCAAGAGCGGCGGCACUCUGGGGUUACCCUUCUACAACGGCAUGAACACGGUGCAGAAGGGUCGGCCUCGCAAGAGGAAGAGCCCGGGGCCUGGAGCUGACCUGGCGGCUUACAACGCAGCAUUGAGUUGUAAUGAAAAUGCUGGUGACCACAUGGAGAGGGAGCAGCAGUAUCCUCCCGCCCAGAAGACAAAACGCAUGCGGACUUCCUUUAAGCAUCAUCAGCUGAGAACCAUGAAAUCUUACUUCGCCAUUAACCACAAUCCCGAUGCAAAGGACCUGAAGCAACUAGCACAGAAGACCGGUCUUACAAAGCGAGUUCUGCAGGUUUGGUUCCAAAACGCACGAGCAAAGUUCAGGAGGAAUCUGUUACGGCAAGAAAAUGCAGGGGUUGAUAAAGCAUCUGACGGCACUUCGCUUCAAGCAGGAACGCCGUCUGGUCCAGCGUCAGAAAUUUCCAACGCCUCUCUAAGUCCUUCAAGCACCUCCACUACUUUAACUGACUUAACUAAUCCUUCUAUGCCAACCGUGACGUCGGUGCUGACGUCAGUGCCUGGUAACCUCGAAGCUCACGACUCCCGAAGUCCCACACAAACUACACUAACAAACCUUUUCUGAGAACACUCUUUUACACGAUUCCCACGAAGAGGAAAUUCCUAGUUUAAUUAUAACUGUAUUUUUAAUAGAUACUUUGUACAACUGACUAAUAGCACUAUGGAUCUAUACUGAAAACUGAUUCAAAUCUGGGAAAAAAAAGUUUACAGUCGGCUGCGGAGAAGCUUUGGAGAGUUAAGAUGGAUCCCCUAUUGUGUAACUGUACAAUUCUGUGGACUGAACAUGCAAUGAAUUCAAAAUCUGAACCAUUAAAUAAAGUUGGCUAGGAAUUACGUGUAGUUCUAAGUUUUCAAAGACUGUCAUGUGCCUUAAUACACUGUCUUGUAAACACACAAUGGACUGCAUCUGCGUUCAAUUCAGAUUUAUGAGGUCGGCUCUUUAACACUUGUCUUUCUGGUGCACUGGAAGCUCAGAAACCUUUCAGAAUGUCACAGUGGAAGGUCAGUUUCAAUAAAGUUGUGCUAACGUUGUAAAAC